AUGGAAUCUGUCGGGUCCAAUCAAAUAUCGACGUACGUUGGUUACAGAGACCGACGACAUGUCUUGGCUCAGCCGGUGGCGGAUAGGAUACUUCGAGAUCUCCGUCAUCGGAUCCGUCUCCUCCACCGUCCAAACGCCGACAAUUUUCACGUACUCGGUGUCACUUGUAAUGUCUACACCGUCGUGACGCUAGAAGCCACGCUAACUUGCACUUGUCCUGAUCGUAAGAAGCCAUGCAAGCACAUCUUGUUUGUCUUAAUCCGAGUUCUUGGCAUUCCUCUUGAUGACGACAAGUGUCUCCGCCAACGGAGACUCCGGCCAUGCCUCCUUUACCGUCUCUUCUCUCAGACACCACCUGAAUGUCUAGCUACUAUCCACAUCCCACAGUUUCUUCAGCUUCUCUCCACCGCCAAUUCUAAUUACGGCGAUGCUAGCUCCUCCUCAUCCACCCAUGAACUGGAAAAUGAGAUGGAAGAAGAAGCAGCAACGUGUCCAAUAUGUCUAGACGAUAUUCAGGUCAUUCAAAACGUAAACGGUGAAUGUGUUGGAGGCGAGGAGGGAGAAAGAUCGGUGGUGAAGUGUAUGGUUAACAACAAGAACAAAGUGCAUGAAGAAUGUAUGGUAUGCCGUUCACAGUGGCGAGGCAAAAAUAGCUAUAGAAAUAGUCCUAAUGUUGGUGGUAUAAUAAAGAGAAUAACAGUAAUUGUUACUUGA